CUCUGCUGUGGUGUCCCAAUGCUGAAGUGCCUGCUUGUGGCCAUUGAGCUGCUCUCCGCUGCGUUCGCUCGUGUGCUGAUCGCUGUGAGUGAACUAACGCUAAGUCGCUUCGUUCAGUCCGUGUGGCUGCAGCACACUUCUCCUUCACUGCUCUACGUGUUUUCCCCCCUCUUUACAAUGAAGCGAACGAGAGGAUGUGAGUCUUAAAUACAUCUGGGUGCGGCGCUCUAUUACAAGUGGUGGAAGAAGAAAAAAGAAGAAACGGAUUUGGGCUUUGCUGGUUCUACUGGUGGAGGCUUUUGCUGCUGAAACGUUACUUCCCGGCUCAGCUUGUUGUGCUUGCCUACGUCUGCCUGGCUCUUUUUGGAGCCGUUUUCCCGUCUAAACUAACUAACGUUACUCUUCGUUUUGUCCCGCUUCACUUCACGCUUCUGGAAGACGAGGACACGUCGGAGACUCGUACUUGCGUCUGAGAAGAAAAACAACUUAAGCAACUUUAUUUUGUUUUGUUUUUUUUAUUGAGAGGGAGCUAACGUAAACGUUAGUGGAGUAAGCUAACGUGCUUUAGCCUGCCCGCUAGCUCCAGCCCCAGCUCCCCUGGAAAGCGAAGCAAAGCAAAGCAGCAACAACAACAGCAGCCAGUGAUGCUUUUGUGUGGUCGGCUCACAUGGAUUUAAACGAUUUGAGCUCUUCUGUUUUCUCAUAAAUGAAAUUGGAAACCUGCUGGAAAAAGAUAAGCACCUGUAUUGCUGUUCGUUGAAUGUCUUUACUACCGCAAAGUGGGAUCCUGAGAGCCAGGUCAUAAAUGACAAGUGUCUGAGGUCCAAGUGUGUGUGUGUGUGUGUGAGUGGGUGUGGGUGUGUGUAUGAGUGCGUGUGUGUGGGAGGAUGAGCUCUAAGCGGAGUUUGUUGGUGCGGCUGGUGCCAUGCCGGUGUCUGAGGGGGGAGGAGGAGACGGUCACGUCGCUGGACUACUCCCACUGCAGUCUGGAGCAAGUGCCCAAAGAGAUCUUCAGCUUCGAGAAGACACUGGAGGAGCUCUACCUGGACGCCAACCAGAUCGAGGAGCUACCUAAACAACUUUUUAACUGCCAGUUACUGCACCGACUGAGUCUGCCAGACAACGACCUCACCGUACUGCCGCCGGCCAUUGCUAACCUCAUCAAUCUCAGGGAGCUGGAUGUCAGCAAGAACAGCAUACAGGAGUUUCCAGAAAACAUUAAGAACUGCAAAGUCCUGGCAAUUGUUGAAGCAAGUGUGAAUCCCAUUUCAAAACUCCCUGAAGGAUUCACGCAGCUCCUCAGUCUGACGCAGCUCUACCUGAAUGACGCCUUCCUCGAGUUCCUUCCAGCCAGCUUUGGCAGGCUAACGAAACUGCAGAUCCUGGAGCUCCGGGAGAACCAGUUAAAGAUGCUGCCAAAAAGCAUGCAUAAGCUCAUACAGCUGGAACGUCUGGACCUGGGGAGUAACGAGUUCACUGAAGUGCCUGAGGUUUUGGAGCAGCUUACAGGAAUAAAGGAGCUGUGGAUGGAUGGAAACAAGCUCACAGUUUUACCGGGGAUGAUUGGGACGCUGAAGCAGCUGACCUAUUUAGACGUGUCCAAGAACAACGUGGAGCUUGUGGAUGACCAGAUCAGCGGCUGUGAGAAUCUGCAGGACCUGCUGCUUUCCAACAACGCCCUCACUCAGCUACCCAGCUCUAUAGGCUCUCUGAAGAAGCUGACCGCUCUGAAGGUGGAUGAGAAUCAGCUUGUGUGUCUGCCGGACUCUAUUGGCGGACUAACCGCUCUGGACGAGCUAGACUGUAGCUUUAAUGAGAUUGAGUCUCUGCCUCCUGCAGUUGGUCAGUGUGUGAAUUUGCGGACCUUUGCUGCUGACCACAACUUCCUCACCCAGAUGCCUCCAGAGAUGGGCUGCCUGAAGAACGCCACUGUGCUUUUCCUGCACUCCAACAAGCUGGAGUCUCUGCCGGAGGAGAUGGGCGACAUGCAGAAACUCAAGGUCAUCAAUCUGAGCGACAACAAGCUAAAAAACCUUCCCUACAGUUUCACCAAGCUGAAUCAGAUGACUGCUAUGUGGCUGUCUGAAAAUCAGUCCAAGCCGCUCAUCCCACUGCAGAAGGAGGAGGAUCCAGAGACACACAAAACUGUUCUCACCAACUACAUGUUCCCACAGCAGAGCAGAACUGAAGACUAUAUGCCUAAUUCAGACAGUGAGAGUUUUAACCCAACUCUGUGGGAGGAGCAGAGAAAGCAGAGGGCACAGGUGGCGUUCGAAUGUGACGAGGACAAAGAUGAGAGAGAAACUCCACCACGGGAAGGGAACCUGAAGCGCUACCCAACACCAUACCCUGACGAGUUGAAGAACAUGGUAAAAACAGCACAGUCUGUAGCCCACCGGCUCAAGGAGGAUGAAUCAGGAGACGAGACGUCCAUUGAGAGGAACCACAUUGGAGUGCAAAGUGUAGGAGUUAAGGUGAUUGAAACUGCCUGUGCCAAUGGCAAAGCACUUGAGCUGGAGUCCAAAGCCACAGCAAACAGUGUCCAAAACACCGCUCCACCUGAGCCAAGAGACGUUCCAGAUAAUCACAAUACUGAGAGAGUCCCUCUGAAGAGCUCAGAUAGCUCUAGAGUCAUGAUCAACCAUGAGGACACGCUUGAGGAUUCAGAGGAGCUGUCAUCUGAGGAAGAAGAGAUGAGGAUUGCUGAGAUGAGACCUCCCCUCAUCGAGAUCUCCAUCAACCAGCCCAAAGUGGUGGCCCUCAGCAAGGACAAAAAAGAUGACAGUAAAGAUGCUGACUCAUUGCUGGACGAGACUGUGGCUAAUAGUAACCAGAACAACAGUAACUGCUCUUCACCCUCUCGCAUGUCUGACUCCGUGUCCUUGACCACAGACAGCAGCCAGGACAACUCCCUCUGCACUCCCGAGAGAGAGGCCAAGAUGCCACUUGUCCCCAAGAGCAGGCAGGAGGAUGAAAAUCUGAACCAGCUGAAGGAAACGGUCCCACUGCUGCAGAACUGCAACGGCUCUGAGACGUCCCUGCAGACACUUCUGAAGACCCAGCGCAGCUACGAGAGCAAAGCUAGCAAGGUGACCAAUUACGACCUCUCAAUGGAGGAGCGGCUAGCACUCAUUGAGAAGGGCAUUAACAAUGGCAUGACCGACCAGUACAGCAAGUGGGACCAGAUCAAUAUGAACGUGUCCAAACUUCCACCUGACAACAUGGUGGUUUGUGAGGACCUGGAGAAGACAAAGAGCACCCUUGGAGAACCUUGUCUGAGCAGCAACAACAACACCUCUGCUCCAUCUCUGGAGAACCUGGAGAAUGGGAAUCAGAAUGCAAAAGCACCUGGGGAGCAUUUUAAUGGCCGCAUUGAGGAAACAGCAGUGAGGUACGAAACUAUGAGGACUGCAUCUGCAGGAGUUACUGCAUCCAGUGAUAUGUCCCUGUCCCGCAGCACAGAGGAACUUUCACCAGAGAAAAAGCGACCACCUCCUGUGAUGAAGUCCCAGAGCAUCAGCAACAUGGAGGCUGGUGGCAUGAAGCUGUACUCCAUUGAAGGUGAGAGCCCACCCUAUGAGGCUGUAGCAGGGGCAGCCAGGGUUUCUGGUGCCCAAGGCCAGAGCAUUGUCCGGUCCAAAUCAGCCUCUCUGCUGAAUGAUCAGCCUCUGCAGGUUUAUCCUGGUUCCUCAGCCUCAUCUUCUGACCUCCUGUCCAGCUCUAAACAUCCAACCAGCGUGGCUCGCUAUCCCACCGGCCCUCCGCCUCAGUAUAACGUCCAGUACACCAGCAGCACUGUACCUAAAGACAAUCUUUGGGCCCAGCGCACCCCCAUCCCUCCUGACCAGGCCUACCUCCCUCCACAGCAUUCACUUGCCAACACCAACUAUUCAAACCGCAACAAUGCUCCACCCUAUCCUCACCAGUCCCAAGCACGUGGUCCACCAAAAGCCCCUCCUGACAUGUGGGCUAAAGAGCGUAUGAUGCCUCCCGCAGGCCAACGAGGCACUUUGCAAAGACAGAGCAGCACGUCCUCCAAUGCAUCCAUGGUCAUGCCAGACCCUCGGCGCAUGCCAGGUCCUGAGAGUGACUAUCUAACCUACAGGGAUAUCCACACCAUGGGCCGUGGUCCAACACAUAUGAGCCUCCAAAGGCCUCUGUCGGCCCGCACCUACAGCAUGGAUGAACCUGGAGCUCCACGGCCACAAAGUGCUCGACCCCCAGCACACGAGGUGCCCGAGAGGACCAUGUCUGUCAGCGACUUCAACUACCAGCACGGCAGCCCCAAUAAGAGGCCCAAUUUGAGAGUGAAGUCUGAGCACUCUCUGCUGGAUGGACCUUCUGCAGGAGGAGGCAGGGUACCAGCUGAUUGGAGAGACCAGGUGAUGAGGCACAUUGAGGCCAAGAAGAUGGAGAAGAUGACUGCCCUGUCUCGGUCCUUGGCCUCGCUCUAUGGCAGCCAAGGUUCUCUGGCCUUUAGCACUGUAGAUGGACGGCAGUUUGGAGCCCACGGGCCCAGCGAUGAGGUCUUCAGUCCUUAUGGACAGCAGGGCUACCCAAUUGAUCCACACAGAAAAGUGCCUUUGAUGAAUGGUCAGAUGUGUCCUCCUCCAGUCCGACCCCAGAUGACCUGUGCCCAGGCCCAGAUGGCACGUCAUCCAUCCCGAGAGCAGCUGAUCGACUACCUGAUGCUCAAAGUGUCCCCGCAGCCUCCAGGCCCACCUCGCCACCCUCAUGAGUCUCUGCCACAGGAGAUGCAUGUGAAGAUUGAGAAGAAUCCUGAGCUGGGGUUCAGCAUAUCAGGAGGAGUAGGAGGGCGAGGGAAUCCCUUCCGUCCUGACGAUAACGGUAUUUUUGUGACAAGAGUUCAGCCAGAAGGACCUGCUUCAAAGCUUCUUCAGCCUGGAGAUAAAAUCAUCCAGGCGAAUGGAUACAACUUUGUUAAUAUUGAUCACGGAAAUGCUGUGUCGCUCCUGAAGACCUUCCCCAACACCGUGGACCUGAUCAUCAUCAGAGACAUGGCAGCGUAGAGAUUCCAUGCGACAUGUGAUUGUCUGAACGUUCACUCCAUCGUUUUUGUACAUGGAGGAGCCAGAUUGGUGUAUAGUUGAUUUGAACUGCUUUUUUCAUGGAAGGUCCUCAGAGCUUUGGUGAAAACAGGGCAAAAACCACUGUGGCAAGUGGACAGAAGACAAUGUCUGGGAGCAUGUGCGUUUCAAGCAACCACAACAAAAGAAUCCUUCACUGUGGGAGAGCCUGUUGGUUUAGUCCAACAAGGACAAGAAAACUGUGUUUUUGUACUUUUUUUUUUUUCUUUUCUUUCUAGUCAUUAAACAUAGGGUUCACCAUGGUGGAACAUUAACUGUAGCUGACCAUUAGGGGGCAGUGCUCCCUGUCUGCUGACAUCAGUAUGCCUUUUAUUUUUUAUUUUGGAAUCAUGUUUUACUUUCUUCUCUCUUUGUCUUAUUUAAGAGAUUUUUAAAAACCACUCCUCAGACCUGUGUGAGAUUUUAUAUACAUUUUUUUUUAACUGGAGGUCAAUGCUACGUGAUUGGUGUGGAUUUUCGAAUGUAGAACUGGCGUGCGCUUUGGCCUGGGUGGUAGAUUCUGUGUCUAAUAUACAUCCACUGGGUUCCUGGCAAACGUUGCUUGCCACUUUAGUCUUCUCAUCUUCACCGGAACCUUUCUUUAGCCUCUGCCUCUCCUCUGUGCACCCUUAGCUUGAUUUAGAACCAAACCCCCUCCCACCUCAUUCCCUGCGGCGAGAGUGACCCGACCACCUGAUCCUGUAGAGAAACCUCCACCUCAGACAUUCAGUAAGAUGUUGUGUGUUCUAGGAUGUACUGAAGAGCCCUCUGUAUGUCUAAUGUGGACUGGAACAUGGUGAAGAACUUUUUUUGAGGGUUUUUGGAAGGGCCUGCAGGGCCUACGACUGGCCUUUGCUUGGACACACAUGGACAUAUGAGGUGGUGUGACCAAGUUAACCAAAGCUUGUGAGGAAACUUCAGCUGGGUGGUGGUGUAUUGGGGAGAUGGGUAUUGGGGUCAUUCUGGGUCUUGAUGGGCCAUUGUGGGCCAUCCUGGGACCUGCAUCUUCCUUUUGUUGAAGCUAGCAGGUCCAGUAUUCACAAAUCAUCUCUGUUUAGGAGGGUUCCUGUCCUCUAGAGUGGUGAAAAACAGGAGGAAUCUCACCAAGCUCAGCACUCUGGAGAUAUUUUGUGGACACUGGCCCAAAACCUAAAGGGCUUCCUCAGAACCAUCCUCAAAACUGACCUUUGGAAAGGGUUUCUCACCUGGACUCGACACGGUUUGCCUUUCUGUAAGCAUCACCUUCCUAAGCGUGCAGUUUUUUGUUUUUGUUUUUUUUCCUUUUCCUUAUACUGUUUUAAUCAUGAAUAUUUUGCUGCAGUGGGAAUUUGACACAGGCAGGGAGAAGGACUUGACAAGUGCCAACAGACCCUGAUCUGUCCGUAAUGGGGGGAAAGGUCGCACUUUUUAUUUUUGACCCAGAGCAAUACUCACUGAUCCACACUGCGUAUUCAGUGGCCUUGAGAGGCUUACUAUGGGACAGUUUUUGAGAGAGCAAUAGCAAGAACUCCUAUUCUUAUUUUUCAGAGAGAGUUGUCGGAUAGCAUUGUUUUUUGUUUUUUGUUUUUUGUUUGUUUGUUUGUUUUUGAAAAAAAUGAAAAAGUAAACCCUUUUAGUACUCCUUGAUUGUGAUAGCGCAUUUUAUAUUGUAAAACUUUUAGAAGAGAAAACAUAGGAAAUGGCAUUUUGAAUAUUUUGCAAAGAUGUUCUUAAGUGUGCAUAUGGUAAUGUGAGAUGUCCUGCACUCACUGCCCCUCCUCCUGCCCACAAGCAGUUCCACAAACUUCCCUGCUGAGUUGACAUUAUUAACUGUCUCCCAUAUGAGUUGAUUCAAAUGCUUAACUUUCUUCAGUGGCAGAAUUAUUUGAUCGGCUGCAAAGACAAAAAUAUUCAAUGAUGACCUUAUGCCGUUUCACAAAAACUGUCCAAUCGAAAGGCUUAAAAAGGCCGUUUUUGUACACGGUCCUGUCUGUACACACAAAAGAAAGAAUGGCCAACUGUUGAUUGUCGUACUGUGUAAAUUACUUGCAUGAAAUCACUCCCUAGAUUAUUUUAUUUUUUAUUUCUUGGCUGUAAUCUUCAUUGUUCUAGAGGUCUACAUGAUUUUUAAGUUAUCAGAUUGACCUAUACUGAUACCCAUCAGUGUACUGAAAUUUUAUAUUCGUAGAAGGAAGCACUGAUGUUUUGUUGUACGAGUACCUGUACUAAGAUUAAAUUGAUUUAAUGUUACAAUUUUAAUUUAGAAUCACUCUACUGUCAUUCUUUGCACACAAUUGAAAAUGGCACUGGCACAAAACUGUCCAUCAGAGUGUGAACCAAGGUGAAUUAGGCAGUAAAACUGAGUACUGGUUACCUGACAUAGCUUUAAUGCUAACUUUGGCUUCAACUUAAACUAGAUUCACAACUUGUUCUCACACAGUGGGUUCUGUUAUACCCUAUUAUACUCAACUUCUAAAGAUAUGAAUGAUUUUGUUGACACAAUGUAUAGUUGUAUUUAGUGCGCACUCUUGUUUUCAUAUUUUGAUGAAUCAGUUGAAUGAAGACCCUCAGAUUGUCACAUGGUUUAAAAAAAGGUAAAAAUUAAUGACAAUUGGGGGCUGAAACUUAAAGCUGAUUAUUUUUGCCAUAUCAAAGAACAAGUGGUCUUUUUUAGAAUCGUCCACGUUUGUCUAUUUAUUUAGCAAACCUUUCUUUGACUUGAGAUUACUAAUCAAAAUGUACAUACUUUUUAAGCAGUUUGAGUUAGCCAUGGCAUUAGUGACCUUAGUUUAUAUAAAAAAAAAAAAAAACAACCAGCAAUAAACUGCAUCACAGCAACCCUUUUUAAUGUAAAGCUAUUUGAAAGGUUUCUCUGGAAGCAGCUACAAAUAAGAUGAUUUGAUGGUAUGCAUUUAUUCUACAUUCCAGAUUUUGUACAUAAUUUUAGGUUCCAUGGUAUUCUGUGGACAAUAAAUAAACUAAUGGUCUUUCAGAAAAUAA